AUGGCGUGUUUGCAUAUCAAUAGCCUUCCUGAUGAGCUACUCGUUGCCGUUUUCUGGCCCUCCAAGCGCCUCUUCUCUCGCGAGCAUUUCGAUGAGGAUGUAUGGGCCGCCGUGCGGCCUCCCCCGAGGUUCAAUCGCGAGGAUCCAGACGAGGCAUGCUACCAGCAGAGCGAGACCAUGUUUCCAGCUCCCCCUCUUCCUCCAGCAUUCGCCGACGCCGCGUACAAUCUCCUCCUCGCGUCGAUCUGCCGCCGCUGGCGUCGCCUGGCUCGGCGCCACGUGUCCACGCUCCUUGUCAAGACGAACCGCGCCGUGUCUCUCGAGGACCUCGCGGCGCCUGUAAAAUGCUUCCCAAACCUCACGCGCCUCCAUCUCAACGACGGCAGCGCGCAGGCCAUCGAUGACGCCUUCCUCGCUCGCCUCGCCGCGUGCUGCCCUAAUCUGACGGCGUUCCACCUCGGAAGGCCGAUAGUGGAGAACCCUGAGUUCGACCAGGCGGGGAAGAUCUUUCUCACGCCAGCCGGCUUCGACGCGUUCUUCCGCCGGUGCCCGCGGCUGGAGCACCUCUCGCUGGCCUGCCUGCACUGCGAGUUCCGGUUACCUUCUUCGCUCUUCCACCUCGUGCAUCUCCGAUCCCUCGCAGUUGCCGAUCUGCCCGCGGUAACAACUCCAAAAGUCAAGAACUUGAGCGCUCUCACAUCGCUCUGGAUCGACUCGGUGGGGGACUAUCAGACCCUGGAGCACCUCGCGCACCUGCCACGCCUCACGCAUCUCUCCGUGCCAGAAGACGUCUCUCCUUGGCAAUACCACUCGGCCUCUCCUCCCUUCUCAUUUGCACGCCUAUCUUCGCUCAAGACGCUGAAUCUAGGGAAAGCAUGCCCGCCGUUCGAUGAGAUGUUUCCUCCCGAGUCACCGUGCAGCCUGCUCGAGCGCAUCGACGCGUGCGGUACCUUCUUCGACGUACCCGAGCAGGCCACCGCGCUGACCCGCCUGCGCACCUUGAAGCUCGAAAACUGCACGGUCGUCGGACUGCCGGACAGCUUCGGCCAGAUGCCCGCGCUGACAACGCUCGUGCUGCACAAUCUGAACACCCAUUUCCCCGGCUCGUGCAGCCGGCUGCAGUCUCUUGAGACGCUGAUAGUCACGGAGAGUGUGUAUAUGGGCGAGCUACCAGACCCGCUGAGCGCCCUCACAGUGCUCAAGACCCUGUGCCUCGCGAAUUCCCCCUUGGUCAUUCUCCCUGCCGACAUCGGAGGCCUCACCAACCUCCACACGCUCUACCUGAAAUCGUACAGGGCACGGCAUCUGCUUCCGCCCUCCUUCACCCAGCUCGCGUCACUCACAAGGCUGGAGCUGCAUAAGUGUGAGCUGGCCGAGCUGCCAGAGGCCAUGGGGGAGUUGACACGCCUGCGGGAGCUGUAUGUGCUGUCCUGCUCUCGGAUCCAGAAGCUCCCCGAGUCCGUGGCAGCCCUACUGAACCUAGACGUGCUAGUGGUUGACAAGUGCAGCAGCCUGUUCUCCGUUCCUUCCCACGAGCCUCAUGCAUUUGGCGACGCUGAAGCAGCUGGAGCUGACCGGCUGUGCGCUGCUGAGAAAGGCUCCAGAGUUCUUGCCGGGGUCGCUGGAAACGCUCAGGCUGGGGACCUAUCUGGAGGUCACCCAUCUGCCGGAAGCUUGUCUUCGUUGGAGCACUUGCGUCUGGUGUUGGCAUGUGAGGGCGAGCUCCCAUUCCCAUUGGCGGACCUGCCUCGCCUUCGCACCAUCGCACUCGUGAGCACCGGAGUCGUGAAGCUUCCAGACUUCUCCACGUCGACGCUGCAGGAGCUGCGUCAGCUGGAGUUAUGCUUGCCUGAGCUGACGGAGAUCCCAUCAACCAUCGCAGCUCUUCAGAAGCUCACAAACCUGGAGAUCAACGCUCCUAAACUGCGUGCGCUUCCCAAUUCCAUCGGGGCACUGUCCCGACUGUGCAAGCUGAUUAUGUCCAACUGCUUAGCGCUCACGCAUCUCCCUGCCUCCCUCACGCAGCUGGCCUGCCUGCGCGAGCUGACCGUGCACAAGGCCGCCAUCACAUCCCUCCCUCCCAACUUUGCACGCCUCAGCCGGCUGCAAGCGCUCGACUUGGAGGGGUGCAAGCAGCUGGAGGCGCUGCCUGGCGAUGUGGGCGAGCUGGAGCUGCUGGACCGUACGGCCACGCGCGCAUGUCCUGCGCCAACACUCUUUAUCCCCCUGUCUCCCCUAAUCCCCUCUUCCCCUCCUCUUCAUCACACCUUCAUCACCAACCAAAACUCCCAUUCCCUCCCCUCUUUCUCCCCUCUCCCCACCUUUCCCCACCCUCCCCCCAACUCUCUCCCCAACUCUCCCCGCGCGCCUCUCCUCUCGCCCCCGGCGCACCUUGAGGCAGGCGUCCGCGAUCUCGCCACGGAAGCACGCACUUUUGUCCUCCAUGGCCUCUUUUCCCCCUCACCCUCCCCUCUCCCAGCCAUCUCCCAACACUCUCCCUGCCCCCAUAACUCCCCUUCCCCACGCCCACGUCUCCCUGCCCCUCAACCGCACCUCGAGGAAGGCGUUGGCGAUCUGCAUCAGCUGCAUCUGCACGCACCGUUACGCGCGCAGGCACGGGUGAUUGGUGCGGCGAGGUUGGUGCGCGGCAGGGUAGGGGGUGGGGGGGAGGGGGGGAGUUGA